AUGGCAGGCAAACGUCUAUUGGACGCUGCGAAGCUCAUUAAUGCAAGUACCUCGAUCGCAAAGCAGCAUUAUGGUCUGCGGAAACAGCAGUGGGAUGUCUACACGAGAACUUCAAGUCUUGCCAAGGCAGUCAAGAGCCAGACAGAUCGAGUCACGGUUACAGCAGUUGCAGCGGCCGAAUUGGCAAAGCGUUUCAAUGAGACGGGUCCAGCCUGGCAGCAGCAGGAGGGUCGAGAUGCACCAUCACGACAACGAGAUGCGGCAGAAAGCAAGCAAAGUGGUACGUGGGAGGACAACGAUGGGCUACGGCCAGGAAACGAAGCACAAGCAGCUACAGCCGACUCAUCAAGGGACGCUGGCAGUGAUGCGUCAGACUCGCUACGGAAGCGUACGCUUCAACGACAAGCAGAGCAGCAGAUACCAGCUAGAGCAGCGGAUGCACAGCCAGUUGAGCAGCUUGGAGGCCAGGACACCUUCAGCGUCAGACCUGAUCAUAUAGCUCCGGAACUGUCGUCUCUACCGAGAACAAAGAUACCAAAGCAUGCCGAAGAUGCACCACAGCCGAACGAAAUCAUUCCCGAAGGCUUGAACACAGACGUCUUCUCCAGUCGAAAGGUCGCUGGUAUGCUUGGCCAUUCGAGCCCGGAGCUGAAGAAUCCCUACGCCAAUAGGCAGAAGAUGGCACCAAUGCCACUACCGGAAAUGGUUGCAGCACGGGAGCGCUGGGAGAAGGAGAGGCAGGCACAGAUGACUGCUGCGGAGCAACUUUCUCAGCGACCGCCGGCAGAAUCACGAGCAGUAGAUUCUGAUACGCAGGAUCUCGCAGCUUCAAUAUCUCGAGAUGCUGUGUCACAAGCCGCGUCAGUCAACACCAACAUGCAGACGGAUCCACCAAGCGAUGCCUACGAGAUGCGAGAGUCACGAGUGCCGUCCUCACGAUUUGGGCGUUUCUGGCAAUACGCUAGUCUCGGCAGUGGCAUGGCAUUUGGUGCUGUCAACGAGAGCUUCCGCAGAUUGACAGGCGGCAGUAGCGAAGGUAGUCUUAUGCUCAGCGAGGGUAACAUGAACAGACUUGUGGCCAAGCUCAGUCGGAUGAGAGGGGCUGCGCUCAAGCUAGGACAGAUGAUCAGCUUCCAGGAUUCGAAAGUCCUGCCUCCAGCUAUCAAUACAGUCUUACAAAGAGUUCAAGACAGCGCCGACUACAUGCCAGCUGCACAGCGCGACGACGUCCUGAUCGAGAGUCUUGGGUAUGAGUGGCGAGACUUGUUUUCAAAAUUCGAAGAAAAACCCUUUGCAGCUGCGUCGAUUGGCCAGGUCCACAAAGCAACACUCAAAUCGAACGGCAAGGAUGUGGCUGUAAAGAUUCAAUACCCAGGCGUGCGGAACAGCAUUGAUUCGGACCUCAACAACUUGUCACUUCUACUCACUGCUAGCCGUCUCUUGCCCAAGGGCAUGUUUCUUGACAGGACGAUCGCCAAUGCACGGACUGAGCUUGGCUGGGAGUGCGACUAUGAGCGUGAAGCCAAGGCUUGCAUCCGCUUUCGCGAGCUCCUACAGGACGAGAAGCUGUUUAGCGUCCCUGAAGUAUACCUCGAAGCUUCUGGACCAGGCGUGCUCACUGCAGAGUUUAUGCACGGAACUGCUGUGACGAAGAUGAAGACCUUGACCCAGCACGAUCGCGACUGGGUAGGCACACAGAUCUUGCGGCUCUGUCUCCGAGAAUUGAUGGAGUGGCGCUUCAUGCAGACCGAUCCAAACUGGACCAAUUUUCUCUACAAUCAGGAAACGCAGAAGCUUGAGCUGCUUGAUUUUGGCGCAAGCAGGGAGUUUCCGGCCGAGUUCGUCGAGCCAUAUGUUGCACUACUCAUUGCAGCCAUGAAGGAUGAUCGUGACGCCUGCCGUGAACUGAGCAUACAGCUUGGCUACCUCACGGGCGCCGAGAGCCAAGGCAUGCUGAAGGCACAUGUUGACAGCAUCAUGACGCUGGCGGAGCCUUUCUCGAACAGCGCCUCGGAUAUCUAUGACUUCGAGGAUCAGACAAUAACCGAUCGGGUCCGAGCAAAUAUUGGCCUCAUGCUAAGAGAAAGAUUGGCUCCGCCUCCGGAAGAGACGUACAGUUUACAUCGGAAGCUCAGCGGAGCCUUCCUAUUGUGCGCGCGAUUGAAGAGCAAGGUUCGGGCAAAAGAGAUGUUUGCUGAUGCGGUCAAAGUCUGGGAGCGACGGUAUUCCCAGUUAUAG